AUGAGCGUCAACGGCUCCAAGUUGACCUGCACGCCGACCAAAAGGACGCCCAUCGCGAUGCACCGCUUCGAAACGGUCGAAAGUGUCGCUUUCUUUGGGCCUUAUCUCCAAGUACUCACCAUCGACGACUUCAUCAUCGAUGGCGUUGGCAUGGCCCCUCCAGCUGCCAAAGUUAUCGCCAGUUUCCUCAAGAAAGCGAAAGCUGCGCCCACAAAGCUUGCCCUUUCAAGCAUCCUCAACGACGCUAUUCGCUGGGAAAAGCUUACAUCGUUGGAUCUUUCGGGUAAAGCGUUGGGCAAGGGCUGCGUUGACCUCCUCAAGUCGAUGGUCCUCAUGUGCACCAAUUUGGAGGUGCUCAAACUCGCAAAUUGUGGCUUGGGGCAUGAGGAGGCCAUCGUUCUCUUGGUCGGGUUGAAGGACCUCGGGGAUCGCCAAACCAAGGAGGUCGGCUGCACACUCUUGAGGGAGCUAGAGCUUGAGUUGAGCCAGAACCGCCUGAUGAAGGUGGGCGUUGACGAAUUCGCCAAGGCCAUCAAGGCCAACAAGAGCUCCCUCCAGGUGCUCGGCCUGCGCUACAGCAGCGCCGACUUCAUUCCCAAGUUCCACCACGAGUUGUGGAACUGCACCAAGUUAGAGCGUUUGUUCCUGAACGACAACUUGACGAGCACGACCUGGGUGGACCUCACGUACAACCGCUCCGGCAAAGUCUACCGUGACCCCACGACCCUUGCGGAGACUCCGAUGCCGUUCAACUAUUUGCGCUAUGAGGAGAUAUGCGCGCGCGACUGGCUCUACGAUCCGGAUGGGGACGUCGUUGUGGAUGGGAAACAUUAUACGGUUGACUACACUACUCUGUCAAUGCUUCUUGCGUUCGUUGGUAGUGGUUUUGGCCUGUUUGUAGCGUCGUCCGUUCUUGUUUCGAUCGUCUACAUCAUGGAGGGUGGAAAGCGCCUCAGAGACUACCUCCGAGGGGGAUUCAGAUCUAUAAUGGACGAGGAGGGCGAUGUCGCGACCUCCGCUGACUUUGUACCUCUGCAAGAGAAAGCGGCAGAGUAAUAGUGCGUUUCGAGGAAAAAUAGACACAAACUGAAACCUAAACCCCAAACGCAGUGACUAUAGGAAUGCCAACGCCUCGUCUGAUUGCAUCGAGAUCUCCAUGAUACAUGCGUUUCGCAAAGUCCCAA